GGGGAGGCGGUCGCUGCUGCGCCCCCGCCUGGCCCAGCCAGCGGUGCCUUCCCCGCCAGGCGACAGCAGUCAGAGGGGGGGAGGCAGAAGCGCCUCCUCCCCGCCCGGAGCCCAGGCGGCGGUGCAGGGGGAGGAAGACACCUCACCUUGCCCCCGAUGAGGGGCGGAUCAUGCCAUGGCAGCGCCGGCGAGCGACAGCGGCGGCAGCCAGCAGAGCCCGAGCAGCAGCCCCGGAAGCCGGGAGGGAGCUGGGGUCGCCGCAAAGGGAGCCCCGGACUGCGGAGACGCAGGAGCCAGGGACGCAGCGGAGACGGUCUCCGGCCUCCCUCCGCUUGAGGACUACGAGUGCAAAAUCUGCUACAACUACUUCGACGCGGACCGGCGCGCGCCCAAGCUGCUGGCGUGCUUGCACACCUUCUGCCAGGAGUGCCUGAGCCAGCUGCAGCUCCGCGCCGCCACCGCCGCCGCCGCUGCCUCCGCGCCUGAGCGCCCGCCGCGCCCGCCGCCCUGGCUCUGCCCGCCCGGCGCCAUCGCGUGCCCGGUGUGCCGCCACCGCACGCCGCUGCCCGACAGCCGCGUGCACGGCCUGCCCAACAACACCAAGCUCGCGGAGGCCUUCCCGCUGGCUUUGCGCGUAGCGCACGACCCACUGCCCCAGGACCGCCUCCCGCCGCUGCCCGCGCGCGGGCCCGCGCCCGCUGCUGCCCCGCCGCCCACCCCGGCCCCGCCACCGCCGCCUUCCCCAGCCCCACCGCAGCCGCCGCCGCCGGCUGCCGAGGACUCUGCCCCCGGGCCUCGCGCCCGCCCCGGCCUGCGCGCCCCGGGCGCCUACGACAGCUGCCAGAACUGCAAGCGCGCGGCGCUCACCGCCGGCUGCGUGUGCGUGGUCUUCUCCUUCCUCUCCAUGGUGGUGCUGCUCUUCACCGGCCUCAUCUUCGUCAACCACUACGGCGGCGGGGGACCCCCUGGAGGCGGGGCGCCCCCUGGCGAGGCACCGGCCACCGGGUCGCCCUCGCCCUCGCCUGUGGGGCCCAUCUGCCUGUCGGUGGCCAGCAUCCUGGCACUCUUCUCUGUCGUUGUCACCUGGGUCAUCUGCUGGCUCAAGUAUCGGCCCGAGGGUGCGGCCGCGGGCUCGACGGGGGGCAGCGGCGGCGGCGGCCCGAGGGCACGGGCGGCGGCGGGAGGCGCGCGGAGGAGCGACACAUAGCCGGGCCGCGCCGCGGAACUGGCGCCUGCACCUCCAGCCCCGCGCGGCGGGAGAAGAGGGGGCCGCUGGCUCGGUGCGCUCGAGCUUCUACACCCUCUGCCUGCUGCCCCCAGGCUCUCCCGGACUCACACCCUCUCCCAACUCAGCCACUGAGGGGCCUCGGUUUUCUGUCCCUCGGGCUUCUGUCGACCCUCGCCCUUCGCGCUGGGCCAGAGAGGGAAGCUGAACAGGCAGGGAUGCUGGUGGGGGGGUCUCUUUUGCUUGGACUGUGCAAAAUUGACCUCCGCAUUAUGCACCACCCUCGUCCUUGUCAGAAUGUGCGGCCAUCCCUCCCUAGAGCACAAAGAUCUGCAGAGAGGAGGCAAGGGGAGGGGGAGCCCCACCGCCCAGCCUGAAAGCUGGUUUUCUGGCCGCCAGGACUUGAGAGUUUCUUUAAAGGUGCAGCUGCGCGCGAGCACACGUGCAUCUGUGGCGGCUGUGAAUGGACUUGAAUUGCCCGGAGGAAGAAUGAAUGGGAUGUAAACGUGAGAGGAAAAGGGUUUCCUGCUUCCUAGCGGUCCUGGAAAGGGAGAGAUCCUGAGCGCUGAGAGUGACGGACACUCCCCGCCGGCACAGCGCGGGCGUGCCGGGAGCUGCGGCAAGAACCGGCAGGCAGCAGCUGGGCGCGAUGGGGCAGGUGCACGGCGCGCGUGCGCGCUCGGAGCCGACUCGGAGCGGCCGAGGCGGCGGCGCGCCCAGGGAGGUGGGCCCUGUUGCCCAUGGCCGGGUAUUGUCUGGAGCAGAGCCCAGAAGUCUCAUCUCCUGGAAGCUUGUGGUUGUUUUAUUCACGGUGUUACUGCCAGGAAGUCAUUUCAUCUUCUGCAACUGGACUCAGGGAGCUUAAAGAGCCUGUUCUCCCUUCUCUCAAAAGUGACUUACUGUUGCCCCCACCUGGAAGAUAUUGAAAGCUAUUCACACAGAAUAUAAACUAGAUUUUCUCCUUUCCCUCGCCUUUUUUUCUUAAUUUCAUUUAAGAUAUAAUUUAUUUUUGAAUAUAUAAAUCUGGAAAUUUUUGUGCAUUAAGAUUUCCAGAAAAUUGUUUGAUAAGCAGUGACAUUAGUCUCAUACCUCGAGUCCAAACACAUUUCGAAAUUAGGAGCAGAAAAUAAAGCCUGUUGGUAAUUGAUUCAAUAUUUUAUACUGUGAAAUAACUAAUGACUUUUAAUUAUCUGAUAAAAUAAAAACUAGUGCCCAAAGAUGAAAUCAACUAACUGAAGGUCUUUCUGCCUUUGGCUACAAAGAUAUAUAUCGCAUACACAUAUUAGAAAGUAUUAUAUGAUUUUGAAUUUAGCUGUUUGAUAUUGUUGGAAUUACUGAAAUGUUCACAUACAGUCACAUGAGAUGAAAAAGAAUAUCUAUCUGAUUUUGUAACUACAAAGAUGAAUUACCAGUAUAUGUUGCAAGUGGGUUAGAUGCCUUUCUUUAAGAAGGAAAACUGUUCCAAAUGUAUUUUAUAUGAAAACAUUCUUUAUUCCAUCUUUUGAAAUUUGGAAUAAGACAAAGUUUUCAUGCUUAAAAAUCACAGAAGCUACUGAAGGUAUGCUAUUAUUCCUCGAGUAUUUAUGCAAACUGUCUGCAUGAUAUCCUGACACUAUUCUAUUAAUUGAACUUGAAUCGAGCAUUUGUAUCUAUCAUAGGAGUGAAGUAAUUUAUUGGCCAUUGAUAAGUGGUUUGGCUGCAAUGUAGAAACUACCGUAUGAAGUGUUUUAUGUCUGCAUUGUCUUAAUAAUAAAAACAAGAGGUAUUUAUAGAAAUACCUAUUUUCAUGACAUUAAUUUCAUGGUAAAAUUGCUCCAUUAUUUGUGUGGCACUUCUCUUCCUUAAAUACAUGUCCCCAUCUAAAUCCAAAUGUCACAUUUUUAAAUGGGGCUGAGAGAGAAAUAACUCACACGUGGAAAUGUGCGUUGCUAAGAUGGGCAUUUUGUGGGAUUAUUUCUAGGAAUAAUGACCCUGGAAGGCCCAGUGAGAUCUGUUGUAUUCUGAAGGGAGAAGUAACUUAACAUGUUUGCUACCACAAUGUCCACUAAAACUAAACUCUGUUGUGAGACUUUGUUCUUGCCUUCUAUGAAAUGUUUUUAGGUUUCUAUUACUAAAAAUCACUUUUCAGAGCUUAGUUUUAAUUUGUUUAUACCCCCAUGUCUUGUGUUUUACUUCUAUAUCCAUUUUUACCUCUUAUUCAUUCUUUAUUUACCUCCAUUGCUAAGAUUCUGUUUGCAUUAAAAACUGUUGAGUUGCACAAGUGCAGCUACACAUGUAUAUGUGUAUGUAUUAGGUUUAUGUUUAAAGAUAUAUUAUGUAUAAAAUAUAUGCAUACUGGUAACAGCUUGGCUUUGUGGCUGUAACCAUUGUACAUGUGUACACACACAUGAGUUUUUUAUGUGUGCUAAACUGGCAACCUGGAAGUCUGUCUAAGGUUACUUCAGGCACCAGGUUUCUUUUUAGAGUUUAUUUGUGCUCCAGAGAAGUAUGCCAAUAAUGUAACCUAAAAGAUUCCUCAUAACUGAGAAAUACAUUCUUGAAUCACCUCGAUGACAACAAAAGCCACAUUUUGCUUCUUUUAUGGAUUGCACGUGUAAAUUUCAUGUAAUUGAAAUUUGAGUUAGACUACUUUUAAGUCAAUGAGACACACUUAGCAGAUCAGUAUCUAAACAUGGAGAGAUAUUUUCUGUGGCUUAGCAUGCUUUAUUGCUAAUUUCUGAUUUUGCUAUCAGGAACUGAGUGGCAGGAUGUGGUCAUGGAAAACAUCUGUCUGGUUUCUAGUGGUUAUCUGGCAUUCAGGUCUCUCUCCCCUCUCUCCAUUCAGCAGAUUGGAUUUAAUCAUUUAUAUUAACCUGGAAACACCUAUACACCAGCACCUUAGACAAAGCAGGAGUUUAAGAAGUAAUUUUUGAAAUAACAAGUGAGUUGUCUGGAGGGCUUCUGGUGAAAAUGGUAUUUUUCUCCCUUCCCAUGGCAACUCUCUUCAUCUCGGAAAAGCUUGAUUCAAUCCUGGACACCUCUACUACCAGUAGAGUCACUAUAAAAAGCCAGGCCUGGUCUGGUCUUUGUACCUGCUUGGAAACUCCUGGUCCCCAUGGGCCACAUUCUGCCUGGUUCUGGGGCUACAGGUUAGACUCAUCAUCAUGCUUUCAUAGGAUCUACAUUUCAGGUGAAAGAAAUUCAUGAUGCAGGUGGUGAAUUAAACAUUCAGCCUCUGUAUACAAUAUGAUUUAGUGAACAACAGGCACAUCUAGAAAGCACAUUGGAUUUGGGGUCGGUAUCUGCAGGCAGGAGGUGUAAGCCUGAACAUUGGUUCUCUCUUUAGUCGGAAAGACCAUUAAAAAUCAUUUAACCUCUUUUGAGUCUCAGGCUCCCCAUCCAUAAAAUUAGGGGUGGGGAGUGUCAGCGCCCCCUACCUCAUGGGGUAGGUGUGAAUAUUUGUACACAUAAGAGGGUAAAUUCAUGAAAAUUCUUUGAAAACUAAAGCCCUAUAUGGACCUUGCUUUUAUUUAGGUCUCCAAGUGUCUAAUAUUACCUCCCCAGAGAGGUCUGCCCUGGCCACUCUAUUCCCAGUGGGUAUCUAUCCCAGUUUUACUUUCUUAAUGAGAUUUACUUUGUAUAAUAUGUAUUAUACUGUUUGCAGUAGUCUUAGUUAUCAGUUGCAUUUUUCAUCACUCUCCUGCAGAAUGUAAAGACAGAAACAGGAACUUUGUCUAUCUGUUCAUCCAUUUGAUCCACAAAGCCUUAACCGGUUCUGGGCACAUAGUGAGUGGCUGAUAAAUGUUUUGUUGAGUCUGCUGAAGGGAUACUCUGGAAUCAAUCUUAAGUGACUUGGCUUCCCAGACUCACACUGACCAUAACUCCUGAGAUCCUGGCAGGCUUAGGUAAACAGUUUCCUUCCUUACUUCAUAAGAAUUUUUGAAAGGCAAAAAAAAAAAAAAUACUUAUGGCAAGCAUUUUGAGUUUUGAGAAAAAUUAGCACUAUAAUAGUGGAACUCUUACUGUUUUAUAUUCAGUGAUAGGAACCGCUAGAGAGACUAAAGGACAUUUGGCCUCCAUUUUUAAUCAGUUCUGCAUUGUGUGACAUUUUAAGGUAUCUUUGUGAACAAGUCUACAUUGUCUCCUCCAAGGCUAGCAGCUCCUGCGUAACUGGGAAAAAAGCACACUGCAGUGGAAUUUCCAACAUGAGAAAAAGAUUUAUUAAAUUUCUUACUAUUUGUUACUCCCUGUUUUCUGAAGUAUUCAAUCUUUGCCAUUUUAAUAAAUCAUUAUUCAUAGAAUUGCUAAUUUUAUGAUCUUAAUAACUAAGCAAUUUCCCAGUUAUUAUGAUCUUAAUAACUAAGUAAUCCCCCAGUUAUUCUGUGAUUCAACUCGUACCCUCUUUAAUCAUUUGAUUCCUGUUAGCUGUAUUUGUAUUUCACAUUUCUGCUAUUAUACAAAGAUGAUGAAAUUCGCUUUAUGGACAAUGAACUGCAUGCUUGCAAAAUAUGCAUUAUACUUCUUCCUUUGAAAUCAUAUGUUUUUUAUUGUAUUUGUUAUAGUGCAAGUUUGUUUGAGGAGCAGCUAAUAUUUACUGUAGUAUCUAUUUCUGAAAUGAAUGUUAGAAAUGACUGCAGCCAGAUCUUAGUUUGAAGUUAUGUGAAUGAAGAAAGUGUAAGAAAUUGAAUUUAUCCUCUGCUAGAGAUCUCUUUUGAUUUUCCAUAUAAGAUAAGCUUUGUAAUAUAUAUCGGCAUUGUUUCAUCCAAUCAGUUUUGAUUCUAAGCCUUCUGUACUCUUAUGCAAACUGAAAUAUGCCAAAGAAAAACAAGUUUGUUUCUGUGAUGAAUUCACAAUAAUUUCUGAUUAUAAAAUAUACUUGGAGAAGUAAGAAUA